GGUCGGGUCGGCUGGAGCACACUCGCGCGGUGGCAGCGAGCGAGCUUGGUCGCAGCCUUUCCCGGGAGCGUAGGGAGCGGCGGCGGCGGCGGCGGCGGUGGCGGCGACAUGCGCGGCGGCACGGGAGCCGCGCUCUUGGGGCUCCUGGCCUCGGUGCUCUGGGUCACCGCGCAGAGCCAGCAGAGAGGCUUGUUCCCCGCCAUUCUCAACCUGGCCACCAAUGCCCGCAUCAGCACCAAUGCCACCUGUGGUGAGAAGGGGCCUGAGAUGUUCUGCAAGCUUGUGGAGCACGUGCCGGGCCGGCCUGUUCGACAUGCCCAGUGCCGGGUCUGUGAUGGCAACAGUACGAAUCCCAGAGAGCGCCACCCAAUAUCACACGCGAUAGACGGCACCAAUAACUGGUGGCAGAGCCCCAGUAUUCAAAACGGGAGAGAGUAUCACUGGGUCACCAUCACCCUGGACUUACGGCAGGUCUUUCAAGUUGCGUAUAUCAUCAUCAAAGCCGCCAAUGCCCCUCGACCUGGAAACUGGAUAUUGGAGCGCUCUGUGGACGGCACUGAGUUCAAACCCUGGCAGUACUAUGCAGUCAGCGACACCGAGUGUCUGACACGCUACAAGAUCACUCCGAGACGGGGGCCUCCCACCUACAGAGCGGACAACGAAGUCAUCUGCACCUCAUAUUAUUCUAAACUGGUGCCGCUCGAGCACGGAGAGAUUCACACGUCGCUCAUCAAUGGCCGACCGAGUGCUGAUGACCCCUCACCGCAGUUGCUGGAGUUCACCUCAGCACGGUACAUACGCCUUCGUCUGCAGCGCAUCAGAACUCUCAAUGCCGAUCUCAUGACUCUCAGCCACCGGGACCUCAGAGACCUUGACCCCAUUGUCACCAGGCGUUACUACUAUUCAAUCAAAGACAUUUCCGUUGGAGGGAUGUGUAUUUGCUACGGCCAUGCUAGCAGCUGCCCAUGGGAUGAAGAAACAAAGCAACUGCAGUGUCGGUGUGAGCACAACACGUGUGGGGAGAGCUGCGACAGGUGCUGCCCUGGCUACCAUCAGCAGCCCUGGAAGCCCGGAACCAUUUCGUCGGGUAACGAGUGUGAGGAAUGCAACUGUCACAAUAAAGCCAAAGACUGUUACUACGACGAGACUGUUGCAAAGGAGAAGCGAAGCCUGAACGCAGCCGGGCAGUACAGUGGGGGAGGGGUUUGUGUCAGCUGCUCGCAGAACACCACAGGCGUCAACUGUGAAACGUGUGUUGACCGAUAUUACAGACCUCACAAGGUUUCUCCUUACAAGGACCAGCCUUGCCGCCCCUGUGACUGUGACCCUGCGGGGUCUCUGAGUUCUGUCUGUAUCAAGGAUGACCUCCAUGCUGACUUAGCCAACGGGAAGUGGCCAGGUCAGUGUUCAUGUAAGGAAGGUUAUGCAGGAGACAAAUGUGACCGCUGCCAGUUUGGCUACCGGGGUUUCCCAAAUUGCGUCCCGUGUGACUGCAGCACUUCCGGCAGCGUGAAUGAUGACCCGUGCACAGAGCCGUGCCUUUGUAAGAAAAAUGUCGCGGGGAAGAACUGUGAUCGCUGCAAGCCGGGAUUCUAUAACUUGAAGGAAAGAAACCCCCAGGGCUGCUCCGAGUGCUUCUGUUUCGGCGUCUCUGAUGUCUGCGACAGCCUCACGUGGUCCGUUACUCAGGUGACCAAUAUGUCAGGGUGGCUGGUCACUGACUUGGUCAGCCCUAAUAAGAUCCGGUCUCAGCAGGACGCCCUGGGCGGGCGCCGUCAGGUCAGCAUCAACAACACAGCAGUCAUGCAGAGGCUGACGUCCACAUAUUACUGGGCAGCUCCCGAGGCCUAUCUCGGAAACAAGUUGACAGCAUUCGGCGGGUUCCUGAAAUACACAGUGUCUUACGACAUCCCGGUGGAGACGGCGGACAGUGACCUCACGUCUCAUGACGAUGUUAUCAUCAAGGGAAAUGGGCUCACAGUCAGCACACAGGCUGAGGGCCUGUCCCUGCAACCCUAUGAGGAGCAUUUCAAUGUGGUGAGACUUGUGCCCGAGAACUUCCGGGACUUUAAUACCAGAAAGGCGAUUGACCGCGACCAUCUCAUGACCGUCCUGGCCAAUGUGACACAUCUCUUGAUCAGAGCCAACUAUAAUUCUGCUAAAAUGGCUCUCUAUAGGCUGGAUUCUGUCUCUCUGGACAUAGCAAGCCCAAAUGCUAUAGACCUGGCAGUAGCUACUGAUGUGGAACACUGCGAAUGUCCCCAAGGCUACACGGGGACCUCCUGUGAGUCCUGCCUCCCCGGCUACUACCGGGUGGAUGGGAUACUCUUCGGAGGAAUCUGUCAGCCCUGCGAGUGCCACGGCCACGCGUCCGAGUGUGACAUUCACGGAAUUUGCUCUGCAUGUACACACAACACCACAGGGGACCACUGUGAGCAGUGCCUGCCUGGCUUUUACGGGACACCUUCACGUGGGACCCCAGGGGACUGCCAGCCUUGUGCCUGCCCUCUCUCCAUUGACUCCAACAAUUUCAGCCCAACCUGCCACCUGACCGAUGGACAGGAAGUGGUGUGUGACCAAUGUGCCCCCGGUUACACAGGAGCCUGGUGUGAGAGAUGUGCCGACGGUUACUAUGGAAACCCGACGGUGCCAGGGGGAGCCUGUGUGCCAUGUAACUGCAGUGGGAAUGUCGACCCCCUGGAGGCUGGCCACUGUGACUCUGUCACGGGGGAAUGCCUGAAGUGCCUGUGGAACACAGACGGCGCCCAUUGUGAGAGGUGUGCGGACGGCUUUUACGGAGAUGCUGUGAUUGCCAAAAAUUGCCGAGCCUGUAACUGCCAUGAAAAUGGCUCCCUUUCUGGCGUCUGCCAUCUGGAGACUGGGCUGUGUGACUGCAAACCUCAGGUGACAGGACAGCAGUGUGACCAGUGCCUGACUGGCUAUUAUGGGCUGGACACAGGGCUUGGCUGUGAGCCCUGUAACUGCAGACCGGAGGGCUCCACAUCAGACGAGUGCACAGAGGAAGGCCAGUGUCACUGUGUACCAGGCGUAGCUGGGAGGACUUGUGACCGGUGUGCACAUGGCUUCUACGGAUACCAGGAAGGUGGCUGCACACCUUGUGACUGCGCCCAUACCCAGAAUAACUGUGACCCUGAUUCUGGAGAGUGCCUCUGCCCGCCUCAUACUCAGGGUCUGAAGUGUGAGGAGUGUGAGGAGGCGUACUGGGGCCUGGACCCAGAGCGGGGGUGCCAGCCUUGCAACUGCAGUGUCUCGGGCUCCACAGGUGCCCAGUGUGAUGCCCUCUCUGGUCAGUGCCACUGCAAGGAAGGUUUCGCUGGGCAGAGCUGCCAGCGGUGCUCCCUGGGCUACAGAGGGUUUCCUGACUGUGUUCCCUGUGGCUGCGACCUGAGGGGUACACGGGCAGACACCUGCGACCUGGAACAGGGUCUCUGCAGCUGCACAAAGGACAAUGGCACCUGCUCUUGCAAGGAGAACGUGCUGGGGCCGCAGUGCGGCGAGUGCCGAGCCGGCACCUUUGCCUUGCGAGCUGACAACCCCCUGGGCUGCAGCCCCUGCUUCUGCUCCGGCCUGUCCCAGCUCUGCUCGGAGCUUCAGGGUUUCGUGAGGGUUCCGGUGACGUUGGCCUCCGAUCAGCCCCUGCUGCGUGUGGUCUCACAGAGCAACCUGCAGGGCACGGUGGAAGGCGUGCAUUCCCAGGCUCCGGACACCCUGCUGGACGCAGAGGCUGUCCGCCGGCACGUCCAGGCCGAGCCGUUUUACUGGCGGCUACCACGGCAGUUUGAGGGAGACCAGCUCUUGGCCUAUGGUGGGAAGCUGCAGUACAGCGUGGCCUUCUACUCUACCCACGGCACCGGCACGUCCAAUUAUGAGCCUCAGGUUCUCCUCAAAGGAGGUCAGGCCAGGAAGCAUGUCAUUUAUAUGGAUGCCCCAGCACCAGAGAAUGGAGUGAGACAGGAUUACCAAGUGGAAAUGAAAGAGGAGUUUUGGAAGUACUUCAAUUCUGUGUCCGAAAAGCAUGUUACACACUCCGAUUUCAUGUCUGUCCUUAGCAGUGUUGACUACCUCCUCAUCAAGGCAUCGUAUGGCCAAGGGCUACAGCAAAGCAGAAUUGCCAAUAUUUCCAUGGAGGUUGGCAGGAAGGCAGUAGAGCUGCCCGCUGAGGGAGAGGCCGCGUCCUUGUUAGAGCUGUGUGUCUGUCCUCCCGGCACUGCUGGAUUCUCCUGUCAGGACUGUGCUCCUGGGUACCACAGAGGGAAGCUCCCAGAAAACAGUGGCAGGGGACCCCGCCCUUUGCUGGCUCCCUGUGUGCCCUGCAGUUGCAACAACCACAGUGAUGUCUGUGACCCCGAAACUGGCCACUGUCUGAACUGCAGUGAGCACACAGCUGGAGACCACUGCGAACGGUGUGCCCCCGGCUACUACGGCAAGGUGAUUGGGCUGGCCGGAGACUGCACCCCCUGCACCUGCCCACAUCUCCCUCCUUUCAGUUUCAGCCCCACCUGUGUUUUGGAAGGUGACAGUGAUUUCCGGUGUGAUGCCUGUAUCCCUGGCUAUGAAGGACAGUACUGUGAGAGGUGCUCUGCUGGCUAUCAUGGCAACCCCCGAGCAGCAGGUGGCAGCUGCCAGAAGUGUGACUGUAACCCCCAAGGCUCUGUCCACAGUGACUGUGACCGCGCGACUGGGCAGUGCGUUUGCAAGCCAGGAGCCUCGGGGCUCCGCUGUGAGGACUGCCUGCCGAGACACAUCCUGACGGAGAGCGAGUGUGUUUCCUGUGAUGAUGAAUGUGUGGGCACCUUGCUGAACGACCUGGAUACUGUUGGCAAUGCUGUUCAGUCUCUGAAUCUCACUGGUGUUUUCCCUGCUCCAUAUGGAAUUUUGUCAAAUCUGGAAAAUACAACUAAAUAUUUGCAGAAGUAUUUAAUAAAAGAAAAUGCUAAGAAGAUUCGGGCCGAAAUCCAGCUCGAAGGUGUUGCAGAACAAACAGAAAAUCUGAAAAAGGAGCUCACUAGGGUGUUAACAAGCAGUCAGCAGGUGAACAAGGCAGUGGAGAGGACCGGCAAUGAGAGUCAAGCCCUGGCCACGUUCAUUGAGCAUCUGCACACCAAAGUCAAAGAAAUCGUGGAGAAGGUGGCAACGCUGAAUCAGACCUCGCGUGAAGAUUUCCAGCCGCCCAUUUCUGCUCUUCAGGGCAUGCAUCAGAACAUCUCCUCUCUGCUGGGACUCAUGAAGGACAGGAAUUUCACAGAGCUGCAUCAAAAUGCCACCCUCGAACUCGAGGCCGCUAAAGACUUACUGUCACGAGUUCAGAGAAAGCUCCAGAGGCCUCAGGAGAGUUUGAAGGCACUGCUGCAAGAGGCCAGCAGCCUCCUUUCAAAUCGCAGUGAUGAGCUGCAGGCUGCAGAGGAGCUCCUGAAGGAAGUGGAUGCUAAGAGCCAGGAGAGCAGCCUCCUGCUGCUCCUUGCCAAGGCCAACCUGAAAGAAUUCAGAGAGAAAAAGCUGCAUGUUCAAGGUGAGCAAAAUUUGACCUCCAGGCUCAUUGCCAAAGGGAGAGAAUGGGUAGAUGCUGCCAGGACCCACGUGGCUACUGCACAAGACAACCUAACACAGCUGGAGCAUCACCGAGAUGCGCUCCUCCUGUGGAGCACUAAACUCAGGAGCCACGUGGACAACCUGGUCAUGCAGAUGUCCAAACGGAGAGCCCGCGACCUCGUCCACACAGCCGAGCGCCACGCCUCUGAGCUGCAGGGCCUGGCAGGACUUUUGCACGGAGACCUUGAAAAUGUUCGAAACGUGUCCCUGAACGCCACCAGCGCAGCACACGUCCACGCCAACAUCCAGAUGCUGAUGGGAGAAGCAGAGAGACUGGCCACCGCCGCUCAGCAGACAGCGGCUAGGACAAGCUUGACCUCCGAGUCCCUGGUUUCUCAGGGGGAAGCAGUCCUGCAGCGCACGUCCAGAUUUCUAAAAGAAAGUGCCAAUGCCAGGAGGAGGCAGCAAGGUAUUUCAUUGAAGCUGGAUGAGUUGAAAAAUUUGAUGGGUCAGUUUCAAGAGAGUGUGGAUAACAUUACAAGGCAGACCGCCAGCUCCCUCCUCAUCCUUCGGGAAAGUCCUGGAGGUAUGAGAGAGAAGGGGAGGAAAGCCAGAGAGCUGGCCGCAGCAGCCAACGAGAGCGCGGCGAGGACCCUGGAGAAUGUCCUAGGUUGGAGCCUGAAGGUCCUCAAUACAUCCGAGGGCCUAUCCAGAGUGAACGCCACAGCUCAGGAGACGAAACACCUUCUGCACAACUCCACAGUGGCCACCCUGUUGGCUGGAAGGAAAAUGAAAGACAUGGAGAUGCAAGCCAACCUUCUAUUUGAUCGAUUGAAGCCUUUGAGAACGCUGGAAGAAAACCUGAGCAGAAACCUGUCUGAGAUCAAACUGCUGAUCAGCCGGGCCCGGAAACAAGCCGCUUCGAUCAAAGUCGCCGUGUCUGCAGACAGAGACUGUGUCCGCGCCUACCAACCUCAGAUUUCUUCUACCAACUAUAACACCUUGACGCUCAAUGUGAAGACGCAGGAGCCGGACAACCUCCUCUUCUACCUCGGCAGCAGCACCAGCUCUGAUUUUCUCGCAGUGGAGACACGGCGGGGGAAGGUGGCCUUUCUCUGGGACCUGGGCUCCGGGUCUGCAAGGUUGGAAUUCCCAGAUGUCUCCAUCAAUGACAACAGAUGGCAUAGCAUCUACAUAACAAGGUUUGGGAACAUGGGGUCGCUGAGCGUAAAGGAAGCAAGCUCAGCUGAGAGCCCACCAGUGAAGACUAGCAGAUCUCCGGGGUCGGCGAAAGUUCUGGACAUAAACAAUUCGACGCUGAUGUUUGUUGGAGGCCUCGGAGGUCAAAUAAAGAAAUCCCCCGCUGUGAAGGUCACUCAUUUUAAGGGCUGCAUGGGAGAGGCCUUCUUGAACGGCAAAUCGAUCGGCCUGUGGAAUUACAUCGAAAGAGAGGGAAAGUGCAAAGGCUGCUUUGGAAGCUCCCAGAAUGAAGACUCUUCCUUCCAUUUCGACGGAAGUGGGUAUGCGGUUGUGGAGAAGACGCUGCGGACUACCGUGACGCAGAUACUGAUACUCUUCAGCACCUUCUCCCCCAACGGGCUGCUUUUCUACCUGGCCUCAAAUGGCACCAGGGACUUCCUGUCCAUUGAGCUGGUCCGCGGCAGGGUUAAAGUGAUGGUGGACCUGGGGUCAGGACCCCUCACUCUUAUGACAGACAGGCGCUAUAACAAUGGAACCUGGUACAAAAUUGCCUUCCAGCGGAACCGGAAGCAAGGACUGCUAGCUGUCUUCGAUGCAUACGACACCAGUGACAAGGAGACCAAGCAAGGAGAAACCCCAGGAGCCUCCUCUGAUCUCAACCGGCUGGAGAAAGAUGUGAUUUACGUGGGCGGGAUACCUCACUCUACAGCUCUUAGGAAAGGGGUCAGCAGCAGAAGCUAUGUAGGCUGUAUCAAGAACCUGGAAAUAUCCAGGUCCACCUUUGAUUUGCUGAGAAAUUCCUACGGAGUGAGAAAAGGCUGUACACUGGAGCCCAUCCAGACUGCGAGUUUCCCAAGAGGUGGCUACGUGGAGGUGCCGCCCAAAUCUCUGUCGCCAGAAUCAUCCCUGCUAGCCACGUUCGCCACCGAGAACAGCAGUGGCAUCAUCCUGGCUGCCCUGGGCAAGGAUGUGGAGAAGGCCGGCUGGUCUCGGGCACAUGUGCCCUUCUUUUCCAUCAUGCUGAUUGAAGGCCGCGUCGAAGUGCACAUCAGUUCCGGCGAUGGGACCAGUCUGAGGAAGGCCAUCCUGCUCUCCCCCAUGGGCUCCUAUAGCGACGGACAAGAACAUUCCAUCUCCCUGGUUAGGAAUCGGAGAGUUAUCACCAUACAACUGGAUGAGAGCAGUCCUGUAGAAAUGAAGUUGGGGCCACUAGCAGAAGGAAGGACUAUCAACAUAUCCAACCUGUACAUAGGGGGGCUUCCUGAGGACAAGGAGACUCCAAUGAUCAAGAUGAGGUCUUCAUUCCAUGGAUGUAUUAAAAACUUGGUCUUCGACACUGAACUUUUGGACUUCACACAUGCGACUGUCUCAGAACAAGUAGAGCUGGACACUUGCUGGCUGGCAGAGGAGCCCAAGCAGAGCCUGCACGGAGAACGUGGGGAGCUCCCCCCAGAGCCCCCAACUCUACCAGAGCCUGCAGUCACAACCUCCGAACCAUGCGCAGUGGACCCGGCUCCAGGAUACGCUGCAGGCACUCACCAGUUUGGCCUGUCGCAAAACAGCCACUUAGUGUUGCCUUUGAAUCAGUCCGAUGUCCGGAGACGGCUCCAGGUUCAGCUGACCAUCCGGACAUUUGCUAGCAGUGGCCUCAUCUUCUACGUAGCUCACCAGAACCAGAUGGACUACGCCACACUGUACCUCCGUGAGGGCCACCUACACUUCAUGUUUGACCUUGGCAAGGGCCGGACCAAGGUCUCUCACCCUGCACUGCUCAGUGACGGCAAGUGGCACACGGUCAAGACAGAGUACAUUAAGAGAAAGGGCUUCAUGACUGUGGAUGGCCAAGAGUCCCCCAGUGUGGCCGUGGUGGGCAAUGCAACCACCCUGGACGUGGAGGGGAAGCUGUACCUAGGAGGCCUUCCUGUCCACUACAGGGCCAGGAACACUGGGAUGGUCACCCACAGCAUCCCUGCCUGCCUUGGGGAGGUGACAGUUAAUGGCAAGCAGCUGGAUAAAGACAGCCCAGCAUCUGCCUUUGCUGUGGGCAGGUGCUAUGCCGUGGCCCAGGAAGGAACUUUCUUUGAAGGGAGUGGAUAUGCAGCUCUUGUCAAGGAAGGCUACAAGGUUCGAUUGGAUUUGAACAUCACACUGGAGUUCCGGACUUCCUCUAAGAAUGGCGUCCUCUUGGGGAUCAGCAGUGCUAAAGUAGAUGCCAUUGGCCUAGAGAUUGUAGAUGGCAAGGUCUUAUUUCAUGUCAACAAUGGUGCUGGUAGGAUAACAGCCACAUAUGAGCCCAGAGCCCCCAGAACUCUCUGUGAUGGGGAAUGGCACACGCUCCACGCCCACAAAAGCAAGCACUGCCUCGUCCUGACCGUGGAUGGGAAUGCUGUUAGGGCUGAAAGUCCUCACACCCAUUCCACUUCCGCCGACACCAACGAUCCCAUCUAUGUGGGUGGCUAUCCUGCCAAUGUCAAACAGAACUGCCUGAGCAGCCAGACCUCAUUCCAGGGUUGCAUGCGGAAUCUCAAGCUGAGCAGGGGCCCACAGGUACAAGCCUUGGAUCUGAGCAGAGCCUUUGACCUAAGAGGGGUCUUCCCGCACUCCUGCCCUGGGCCUGAGCCCUGAGCCGCUGCCACAAUCCUCAGCUGGAACCAUUAUUGCUAAUGUAUUGAAGAGAAACAGUUUGUGAACUCUAAUGUCUUCCGUUCUGAUCUCAUUUCCAACUCAGGUUAUGUUUCCAGAGAGGAAAAAAAAUGCUGUAUUUAUGUUGAAAUAAAGCCACACAUGUACAACAGAUACCUCUAUUAAAUAGUCUAAAAUGUCAGUUGAA